AUCUGCGUUGAGCUUGCUGCUGCCUUGGCUACCGAACUCCUCAGGUGGCAGCGAGUAUAGUCGGGCUACGGAGGCCGGGUUGCCAGAUAGCGGAAAAGUAUUUAAUAAACUUAUGGAGUAACAUAAGUCAGAGUCACAUAGGAUCUAUAGGACGUCCCUCAAGAGAUUUGGAAAAGAAAGAUUUCGAGACUCUUCAUCAAGUUCUUCAUUUAUACUACUGUUUAAACCCAAAACGACGGUGGUGAAAGCAUGAAUAAGAAGACGUGUCCUACAGUAUCAUCCAGUCUACUUGAAAAAGGUUUCAGUCCGUGGUUGCUUGGCCCUGUUGCUGGGCCAGCGUGGUUCAUCAUGGCAGGAGCUCUUGGGGGAAGCGGUCUGUUCACCUCAUGGCUGUCAGAAAGAAAAAGGGAUCCUGCCUUUCAGAUGAUUACAUUCCCCAAAGAAACAGGCCUUGGUCUGAAGACCCUCGGAGGAAUUAACCGGAAUGAAGGGCCAUUGGUGUAUAUUCAGGAAGUCAUUCCUGGAGGAGACUCUUAUAAGGAUGGACGUUUGAAGCCGGGAGAUCAGCUUGUCUCAGUAAACAAGGAAUCUCUGAUUGGGGUGUCACUGGAAGAAGCAAAAAGCAUAAUUACCAGAGCCAAGCUGAGGUCCGAAUCUACGUGGGAGGUAGCAUUCAUAAGACAAAGAUCUCAUGGCAGCUAUCUAGAGAAUCUGUCCUCUACAUCCUUGUUACAAGCUUCAGGAGAAUGUGGGCCUCAGGCCUCAACAUUUAGUCUUCUUUCUUCUCCCCUGGAAAUACGAAUUCCACAGACCUCAUCGACCCCGAAAACUCAAGAUGUCAUCUUACCUUCCUCCAAGAUAAAAACUGGAUUUGAGAAAACAGAAUAUAUUCCAAUUACUUCUUCAGACCACAGCACUAUGGAUAUGGCUAAUUCGGAUGUUGCUCCUGCCUGCACUGAUAAUUAUGGACCACGAGGAAGGAAGAUUUCCCUAAACCCUUCUGUUCGCCUCAAGGCAGAGAAACUGGAAAUGGCUCUAAAAUACCUUGGUAUUCAGCCCACAGAGGACCAGCACCAAGCCCUGAGACAGCAAGUACAAGCAGACUCAAAGGGGACAGUGUCUUUUGGAGAUUUUGUCCAGGUUGCCAGAAAUUUGUUUUCCUUGCAGUUGGAUGAAGUAAAUGUUGGUGCACAAGAAAUUUCCAAUCUGUUAGAUCCACAGGCCUCAAGCCUAUUGAUUGCUACCAUUCACACCCAGGAAGCAGAUGAAGUGGAAAAACUUAAAUGUGAAAGAGAUGAUGCCUUGGAAGAAGUGAAUAUACUUAAGAAAAAAUUACAGGAAUCAGAGCAACAAAGGAGACAACUGACGGAAGAGCUCCAGAAUGUGAAACAAGAAUCCAAAGCUGUAGUUGAAGAAACGAGAGCUCUGCGAACUCGGAUUCAUCUUGCCGAAGCUGCUCAGAGGCAGGCGCACGGAAUGGAAAUGGACUACGAAGAAGUGAUCCGUCUGCUAGAGGCCGAGAUUACAGAGCUGAAGGCUCAGCUUGCUGAUUAUUCUGACCAAAAUAAAGAAAGUGUUCAGGAUUUAAGAAAAAGAAUCAUAGUACUUGACUGCCAACUGCGGAAAUCAGAAAUUGCUCGAAAAACUUUGGAGGCAUCCACUGAAAAGCUUCUUCGUUUUGUCGAGACUAUUCAAGAAGUACUUUCUGAUAAUUCUGCUGCUUUAUCAAAUUUAAGUGAAAGAAGAGCCAUGCUAGCUUCUCAGACAUCCCUUACACCGCUGGGAAGGAACAGCCGAAACAUCUCAGCAACACUGGCCCUGGAAUCUAAGGAGCUCGUAAAGUCUGUUCGUGCCAUACUUGAUACGGAUUGCUUACCUUAUGGGUGGGAGGAAGCUUACACAGCAGAUGGAAUCAAGUACUUCAUCAAUCAUGUAACACAGACAACAUCCUGGAUGCACCCCGUGAUGAGUGUCCUGAACCUGUCUUGCUCAGAGGACAAUGACGAUGACUGCCCUAAAGAGCUUUCUGACCAGAAGAGUUGAUGGUUUUCUACUGGAAGCAGAGACGCAGGACAUCAGCCCUGAGACACAGCUGUCGUGAGCAGGAGGGAGGCGUGCACCACUUGUUGGAGAGUAAAAUGGAGACUGGAUCAAGCAUGCUUUUGUAGGACUUUUUUAUAUUACUGUAUACAAUUAAAAGGUUAGUUGUCGUUACAGUAGCUCUUCAAGAAUAAUUUAGUCAUAUUUUUUGAAACUACAUAUGGCUUUUAUAAUGUGUACACUUUUUAUAUACACUUAGGUAUUUGUAAUGUGAUAGCUGCUUUAUUAUUUUAUAUCAGAUAUGAUGGUUUUUAUAACUGAGAUUUCUAUUGAAACAUAUGAACAUAGUAAAACACUUCAUUUACUUGAAAAUUCACUACCCUUUUAUAUAUAUGUCUUAGGAAAGUGAUCUUAGCAAGCUUUUUAGGGUUUAAGGAUUAUAUUUAGACAUCUAUCUCAUGGGUUACUGAAUACAAUUUACAUCUUUAUGAGAUUUUCUAAUUUACAAAAUGCUUUUCAGACCUUAUCUUAUUUAAACCACAUGACGUGCUUAUUAGGCUCAUCUAGUAGAUAUUUUUAUUGUUUUUUCAGUGAAGGAAAUAACAAUUCAAAGAAUUAAAGCAUCCUGUGUCAGAACUGAGAUCCACACCUGCCUUCUCCGUACCCCGUCUCUUCCCCCUGCACCCUGCUGUCCCCCCAGAGGGAGCCCGCAGCCCAACACGCAGGGCCCCAUGAUUCUGUUGAUGCAGCUGGCUCCACAGCUGUGCAUUCCACAGAGACCUCGAAGUCACCUCUGCGGUCAACCAGAGCCCUGCAUAACCCCAUUAUUCUCCUCCUAUAACCCUCUCCGCUUUCCGUACCCAGCACUUGCCAGGUAGGGCACUGUUUUGUGAUGUUGUUCCUGUAGCUUUCUUCUGGAAGUUCGUAUUUCCCUAGAGGAGAGGAUGCCUUACCUAGGAGAAGGGUGGUGAUGAAAAGAGGGGUAUUUUUUAAAAUAUUGCUGUUCUGCUAGUAGUACAACAGAGGACAGAAGCCCAGGUAAAGCAUCUUCCCAGCACUGCUGUGCAGACCCAGCGCCCCUAAGAACAUAGUAUGAGAGCCAUCACUGUUAACCCCUGUAGAGAUGAGUAAGCCAAGAGCCUGAGAGUUCAUCAGUGAGUUAUUGGCUGGGACAAGCUUAACCAGACCUAGAUCCCAAGUCUUGUACUUACUGAAUUUCCUGUGGCAAUAAGAUAUACUUGGCGGGUACCUGUAGACACUGUAUUCAGUCAUACCUCCAAAUACACUCAGGAUGUAUGAUGUCUAUCUUGAGGAACAUUAUGAAGUCAAAUCACCAGCACUAAGAAAAGUCACAGAAUGGCUGCAGAAGACCUGUGCUCCUCCUGAGGCCUGGUUGCAUAUUAGAAAGUUUCAGGGAGACCAGUUUUGAGAGCAGCCCCCAGGGAGCUGUUGUGUGACAGCCCCCAGAGGUAAUGACUCUUCAACACGAGGAGUUAUUUUUGUAAGUUCACACUGUCAUUGUGGAAGUGCAGCCUUUCUGUUGUUUCCAAAUUAGUGAAAUUCCAUCCACUUACCUGGAGUGUUUCCUACUUUGCUUCUCUUGAGGAAACAGCACAUGCUCAGGUCACUGAGCUCAAAGCCCUGAGGCGUGCAGUCCAUGAACACUGCUCCCUUUACCUCUGCCCUCCCUGUUUCUGUGAAAUACUUACAAGAAAAGUCCUAUGACAGCCAUAAUGAUAUUUAUUGAGCAUUUUUGCCAUACAUCAUGAUAAAGCAGUAAGUUAUUUCAUUAUCUUCUUAAACCCACUGUACAUGGCUGAAACUGUAAUUGUCCCCUUAUUGUAAAGAAACAGCUUAGGUUUAGAGAGACACAAUGGUCUUUGCACAAUAGUCACACGUAGGUGUAGAAAAUGGGCCUCAAGCCUUUGAUUCCAGGGCCCUUUCUUUAACCCACUGAGCAGAGCUACUUAGAUUUGGUCAGCUCUGUAAGGUGGCAGAUUCCAAUAUAGUGCCAUAAGGAGCUUCCUAGUAGCUAGAACUCAUCAGAAAAGAAUUCCCCGGCAGAAAAUGGAGGCACCAUCCCAACAGAUUUCAGUCCAUCUGAACUCUUUGCCUGAGUGUUGCUGAUGACGUGCGAUCUGAAUCAGCUGGGCCAGCUGGGCGCUCUCUGUAAGACCCUCUUCUUUAUGUGCCUGUGACCUCAAAAUCAACAGCUAAGUGCUUGAAGAGACAAAUGCUGAAAUAAUCUUACAGCAAGGGCUCAGUAAGCAUCGUUUGCCAAAGCUAAUAGGAGCCCCAAAUUAUUUUUUGGUGAGCUGACAUUUACAUAGCCAGUCUUUCUGUAACAUAAAUUAACCCUGUGAAGAAGUCAUCAUAAGCUCUCCUCCGUUGAUCCACUGACACCAGUGUCAGGCAGAAGAUGAAAACAUCGUCAUUUGCCUCCACCUCCCUUUCCUGGAGUGACCAGGACGAGCUGUCCUCACUCAUGCCUUCCUGCAGAAUACUCCCUGAGCACCAACAAUAUGGUGUGGACUCACCAGGCACUCUUGCAAAGUAGGGCAACAGUUAACCAAUUCCUGGCUAUCGUUAACUGUUGACUUAGACCUCUUAAGUACCCAGAAUCAGACAGAUAUUUUUUAAAUUUUGAAAUCUAUUUUCAUUUAAAAUCAAGUACUAUGUAAAGGAGUGAUAUAAAUAGUAUAUCCAAGUUUCCAGAGGUUGCCGUCAAAACUUUGAUGAAUAUUUUUACUAAAAGGAAAGCAGCUUGCCUUUGACUUAGUGUAUCGUGAUCACCUUUUAUAUCAUGCUGAUGUCAUGUUUUGACUGUCUGCAUAAACUAUCAUUACCCAGAUAACUCAUAAUUUGUGUAGUCAUCAGUUUAUUGAUGAACACUUAUGCUGUUUUAAGUUCUCAUCUGUAACUGAUAAUGUUGCAGUUAACAUUGUAUAUCUAUCAAGUCCAUUUUUUAUAUAUCCCUGUACUCUAGUGCCAAUGUGGAUAAAUGUGAAUAAAUUCAUAUCAGUUCAUCACUA